GGUAAGGCUUCAUUGGUCUUUCACUCUGCACUAAAGGGCAAAUUGCCUGUGUGUUAACACUUACUUCAGGGUGAAACUUUUCCACGAACGUCCUCCGGUUUGCUUGUUGUCCAGAAAAGCUUAAAGACUCACGCAGCCCAGCCAGGAGACGCCAAAUUGUCGUGAACAUUAGACAACACUCGCAGACUCGUCCUCUGAAGAAUUUGAUAAGACAUGGAGGAUAAUGCCUUGGGGGUGCAAAUGCUUCUUGGAGGAAAAACUGAGGAACUUUAAGCUCUGCAGUUCUGACGUAAAGUUUGUCAGGAUUCUGGUUGUUGGUGAAGUUGGAGCAGGAAAGUCCAGCUUCAUUAAUGCAGUAAAUAACGCUUUCCAAGAGCAAAUCACCAGUGGGACUCUUGUUGAUGGAAGAUCUGGAACCAGUUUCACAAAAAUUUACAAAACCCAUCAUAUCAAGGGGAAGGACGGCUCCCGUUUACCUUUUGUGUUCAGUGACGUCAUGGGACUUGAAUCUGCCGAUGAACAAGGCGCACAUGUAAAGGACAUCAUCUCAGCCUUUUCUCUCAGGGGUUUCUUGAGGAAGGAUAUAAAGUGA